CAACUUACUCUCGCGCUCCACACCACGCGACCAUACUUAUCUUCACACUCUUGCGGAUCAGUUUCCAGUUUUCUUUGGUAAUUGAUUAGCCGCGCAGGUACCUAAUCCGCAUUCGACGGAGUCUCCAGCAUGGCGGCAUCCGUCCCCAUCAGCGAAGUCAAGGGCAACACGCGCGAGAACCGAACAGCUGCGCAUUCACACAUCAAAGGCCUGGGUCUCAGCAAUGGGUAUGCGACGCCUUCGGGUGGAGGUUUCAUUGGGCAGGCCGCUGCGCGAGAGGCCUGCGGACUCGUCGUCAGCCUGGUACAGAAGAAGAAGAUGUCUGGGCGCGCCGUGUUGCUCGCAGGUGGACCAGGGACUGGAAAGACAGCUCUCGCACUUGCGGUAAGCCAGGAACUGGGGACCAAGGUGCCGUUCUGCCCGAUUGUAGGCAGCGAGAUCUAUUCCGCAGAGGUGAAGAAGACGGAGGCACUUAUGGAAAACUUCAGGAGAGCGAUUGGUCUGCGCGUCAAGGAGACCAAAGAAGUCUACGAAGGCGAGGUGGUGGAGCUCACGCCAGAGGAAGCGGAGAACCCUCUCGGAGGUUACGGCCGUACGAUAUCACAUCUCCUCAUCACGCUCAAGUCCGCCAAGGGCACGAAAAAGUUGCGGCUCGACCCGUCCAUAUACGAAGCCAUACAGAAGGAGCGCGUCCGUCUGGGCGAUGUCAUCUACAUUGAGGCCAACACAGGUGCGGUAAAGCGCGUCGGACGGUCAGACGCCUAUGCCACCGAAUUCGACCUGGAAGCGGAGGAGUACGUUCCCAUCCCGAAGGGCGAGGUACACAAGAAGAAGGAGAUUGUGCAGGAUGUCACCCUGCAUGAUCUGGAUGUGGCAAACGCAAGACCUCAGGGAGGACAGGACAUAAUGAGCAUGAUGGGCCAGCUGAUGAAGCCGAAGAAGACGGAAAUCACAGAGAAGCUCAGAUUAGAGAUCAACAAGGUGGUCACCAAAUACAUUGAUCAAGGGGUAGCCGACUUGGUGCCGGGCGUUCUCUUCAUCGAUGAGGUGCACAUGCUCGACCUAGAGGCUUUCACUUUCCUCAAUCGCGCUCUGGAAUCCCCGCUAUCACCGCUUGUUAUCCUUGCGUCCAACAGAGGCCUCACACAUAUUCGCGGCGGCGAGAACCUUCCCCCAUCAGCACACGGAAUACCCCCUGAUCUGCUUGCGCGUCUGCUUAUCAUCCCGACACACCCAUACACGCCGGAUGAGAUCCGGAGGAUUGUGGAAACACGCACAAAGACAGAGGGCCUUGCGAUAACACAACCAGCUCUUGACAAGAUCAGCCAACUUGGAGAGAAGGUCAGCCUGAGAUACGCUCUGCAGUUACUGGCGCCAGCUAGCGUCCUGGCUAGAGUGAGCGGAAGGGAAGGCGGCCGCAUUGAUCUGGAUGAUGUUACAGAGUGUGAGGGGUUGUUCUUGGAUGCGAGAAGAAGCGCAGAGAAUCUUGGGCAGGAGAAAGGUUUCAUUGCAUGAAGCUGGGAUGAAGAAGGAGGUGUCGCAUGGUUUUAUCAUAGAUUUCGCGUCAUCAUGAGUAAUACAGCGGAACAGAUUCUUCUUCUGCGUGGGAAAGGAGCUAAAAGUAGCCAUGAAUUCAGAGUUCAAUAAUGGGAACGGAUAUC